UUUGUAAACAUGGCUCCGACCGCUGCGAAAAAGUCUAAAGGGCCGUCCCCCAAAAAACAGGUCCUUCGGGGCAAAGGCCAAAAGAAAAAGGUGUCCCUUAAAUUCACUAUUGACUGUACACAUCCCGCAGAAGAUAACAUUAUGGAUGUAGGAAAUUUUGAAAAGUACCUGCACGAGAGAAUUAAGGUUUCAGGAAAAACGAACAAUUUUGGCAAUGCUGUUUCCUUGGAAAGGGACAAAAUGAAGCUGUCUGUCAAUAGUGAUACUGACUUCUCUAAGCGGUAUCUUAAAUAUCUAACAAAGAAGUACUUGAAGAAAAAUAAAUUGCGUGAUUGGUUGCGUGUAGUGUCAGUGGACAAAGAAACCUAUGAAUUAAGGUACUUCCAGAUUAACAGCCAAGAAGAUGACGAUGAGGAGGAUGCAGAGUAAAGUUUGUUUUAAUUCUA